AUGCCCGAUUCCCUCGCUUUAUUGACCCUUCUCGCUGCUCUGCGUGAUCGGCGCAUCCCUCUAACCCGCGACGACGUUCAAUGGGCUUUUGACUCGGUCAAAACACAUGACGAAGCCGUUGGCUGGGUGCAGGAAUACCUGCAACCCAACACCCUGCUGACCAGCGAGGAGCUGCAACUGUAUCAGACGUUGCGCCCCAAUGGCCCCAGUCUGCGCGAUCUCAAGGACCCGUCGGAAACAGAGCCCAUCCACGACCAUGAGCUGCAGGCCGCCAUUGACGCUCUCGAAGCCUCCACCGCUGCCAUUGACCAGCAGGCCAAGGCACUCGAAGUGCAGAAGGAUGCUCUGCUGGCGCUGAAAGCACAGCACGUCGAGCCUGACUCCGCUCUCCAGCGCAGGCACGACGAGCGUCACCGCAAGACCGCCCAGGAAAAGGCCCAGCUCGACUUUGCCGUCGAGGGCCUCUCAGACGCCAUCACCGAGCGCGUCACGGCUGCCCAGAAACAGACCAAAGCGACAGCGACGACGCUCGUCGCCACUGCCAACGACCGCCUGGCUUCCGAUGACCGCAUGCUGGCCGCUCUGGCCAAGCUGGCGCCGAAGCUCGAGGCGUCGGGCUCUGAGCAGAAGAAUGCCGCGGUCGUCGACGGCUGGUGCGUCUCGCUCGUGGCCUUGCGCGCCGCCGAGGUGCAGACCCACGUCGACGCGGUGUUCUGGGAGAGCCUGACCGGGUUCUCGCCCGCCGACGCGCCAGAAAGGCCCGAGGAAGAGGCGCUCGCGGAAAAGGACGCCCUCAAGGAAGAGCUCGAGACGCUGCACGCGGAGAUUUCGUCCGUCGCGCAGAUGGGCAUCGAGCAGGAGCACCGCCAGCCCAUCCUGCUCCUGCGCGAGCAAUCGCAAACCCAGCAGAAACGGCUCCAGAGCCGAUGGCUCGACUACAUCCUCUCAACUCUCGAGCACCUAACCCUCCGCCUCUCCCACCUCAGCACCCACGCCCACGACACGCACGCCCACCAAUUCGCCCUCCAAGAAAGCGCCGCCCUCUUCAGCACUCUCCGCCCACUCCCCCCUCCCCCACGCCCGACUUCCUCGCGCGGCGGCCUCGGCCCCUCGGCGCAGCAACCCCCCGCGCACCUCACGCCCGCGACGACGCACCUGCUCCGCCGCCUCGACCUCGAUCUCAGCAGCAUCCUGCACCCAGCGCCACGCCCACUGACGCGGGCCGCCGCAUCGCGGGCUCUGGCGACCGGGUCACAGGACCGCGCGGCCCGGCUGCGGGACCACCUCGCCGCGGCGCAGGGCGCGACGACGCAGGCCGUGGCCGGGGCAGUGGCCGCGGGGGGCGCCGAAGUCGCCGCGCUGCUGCGCGCGCUGUACGGCGCUUCGCGGUUUGGCGAGGUGCGGCUGUGCGGGAAGGAGGUCGAGGGCCGGUUGGAGGCGCUGGAGCGGGGAAUUGGUAAUGUGAGUGCUUGUUUGGGGCCGUUGGGGGCGUUGAUGCAGGUCGUAAGGGAUGAGAGGGGGGUGAGGUUCGUGAGGGGGUGGGGGGGCGAUGACGAGGGCGAGGAGGAGCUGUAG